CCGCUGCCCCGCCCCACCGCCGCCGCCAUCAUGCAACGCUUAAGGACAACAUUUACGCGUUCACGUACUCCAACUGGUGCCGAAAUGAAAACUCAAAACAGUCUGGAAGUGCCCAAACAGGUCCGCUCUGCCUCAUUCGAUGAAAUGCAACUGGAGUCACAACGAAUGUCCUCGCACUUCCUCAAACAACAAUCCUCUUCCGAUGAACGAUCCUCAGAGGGCGGCUUUCUCCAGGUACCGCAGGCCAUGCAUGCACAACGGUCACAUUCCUUCGAUUCAGCUGCCGCCUCAGCGGGCAGUGAUGAUUCGGGUACUUUUCUCGAGGUACCACGUCGUGGGAAAAAUCGACGUAGUUCCUCAUCAAAGACACCACCACCCUGCAUCCACUGUUUCUACUUGGAGGAAUAUGAAAAGCAAAUGCGGGCCCAGCAACGCUAUCUGCUCGAUCAUCAUGAAAUGAAAAGCUAUAGCAUGACUAGUUCCGAGCUCAGUGAUGACAAUGAAGAUGAAACUGCCGAAAUCGAUGAAGAUCUUGUCGAGGAGGAGGAGGAAGAAGAGGAGGGUGGACAGGCCACCGAUCGUGAUGGUCUGUUGGGUGAUGAAGGUGAUGCCACCGCUGACGAUUUGUUAAAUGCCUGCCCCGACGAUGACAAAAACAGUGUCGAGACGCUGGAUGUGUACGACGAUGCGGCCCUCGAAAUGGAUAUACGUCUGGGCGGUAUGGUCACAAGUAGUAUAGAUGAGACACGUGCCCGCUUGCCGCGCCAAAUGCGCCGUCAUACCAUCGGUAGUUCGGUGACCACAUCCGAGGAUGAGGGUCUCGAAGAGUCCGAGCAUGAUUCACCACAUUUCGGUAAUACAUUAAUGCCCCCGCCACCCACGACACCCUGCGGCAUAACAUUCACGCUGUCCCCGACCAAUGGUGAUUACCCGCCUUUUCCCUCCGCCUCCCCCUACUCAUUCCCCAUUGAUCCGGGUUCACCGCCGGCAUCGCCUUCAUUUGCUUUAUCGGUGUGCGAGGACAGUCAUGAUGACAUGCCGCCGCCGCCAUCGUCACCAUCUGCAGCAACGCCAUUAGCAUCACCCAGUCAAAGACCACGCCGACGUUCUAUAUCCCGCCAAGAAGCUAUAUUUGUUGAACCCACAGGUAAUUCGCUGGAGAAUGUGUCGCAAGAGGAACAGCUGAAAUCCUCGGGGGAUGGAGGAGUGAACUCCUCGAUUGAUGAGAUUUCCACACUGGCCAUAUGUGGGUCACCGGCACCACCAGCCGGGGGUGUAGCCACCGCCUCUACCCCAGCCAGCAAGCAUGCCUUGGUUGUGCGUGAUAUUUAUUUAACAGUACCUGAUUUGAGACGUGAUCGUGCCGCUUCGGUUGAUUCAUGUUUUUCCAAAGUAUCAUCGGGCAAUAAAACGGAAGAGCUACAACCGAGUGAUGGUUGUUUCCUGACCGUACCCAACAUCAAUGCAACACGUUCACGUUCGGUGGAUAUUGUGCUGCCAACGGAUGAGCAGGCACGUUACAAGGCAUUGGCAAUGGCCGGUACCACAGCGGGGAUAUAUGGUGAAGGAAGAACUGGUCCAUCCCUCGGUACCCGAAGACCCAUACGCAUUGUACCCGAUUGGACGGAAAAUGCCAUCCAGGGAGAACAUUAUUGGAAGCCAACCUCCGUAUCGGGUGAUCUAUGCUGCCUCAAUGAUGAAUGCAUUAAAAGUGGACAACGCAUGAAGUGCUCGGCAUGCCAAUUAAUUGCGCAUCAAAAUUGCAUUCCAUUUGUUAAUGAAAAGACUAACUUAGCUUGUAAGCCAACGUAUCGGGAUGUCGGUGUACGACAAUACAGGGAACAAUCGGUGACCCAUCAUCAUUGGGUGCAUCGCAAAAUGGAGAAGGGCAAAUGUAAACAGUGUGGAAAGGCUGUGCAAGGCAAACUUUUUGGUUCAAAGGAAAUUGUUGCAUUAUCCUGUGCCUGGUGUCAUGAGGUCUAUCACAAUAAGGAAUCAUGUUUUAAUCAAUCGAAAAUUGGUGAAGAAUGUAAAAUGGGUAAUUAUGCCCCCAUUAUUGUGCCCCCAUCAUGGAUUGUCAAAUUACCCACCAAGGGUAAUUUCAAAUCAUCGAUUCGUGUCAACAACAAGGGCCAGCCAAAUGCCAAGGAUAAAAAAGCUCGAGUGGCCAGUAAACGUGGCAAAAAGGACGACAAGAAGGAUCAGCGAGCAUUCAUUGUCAAACCCAUACCCUCGACAGAAGUUAUACCCGUCAUUGUGUAUAUCAAUCCGAAAUCGGGUGGUAAUCAAGGUGUCAAAUUACUGGGGAAAUUUCAACAUUUAUUAAAUCCACGACAAGUAUUCGAUUUGACACAGGGUGGUCCGAAAUUUGGUCUCGAACUAUUCCGCAAGGCCCCCAACUUACGUAUCUUGGCGUGUGGUGGUGAUGGUACCGUCGGAUGGGUCCUUUCCGUUUUGGAUCAAUUGAAUCCGCCCAUUCAGCCACCACCUUCUGUGGGUGUUUUGCCAUUGGGUACCGGUAACGAUUUGGCUCGAGCCCUAGGAUGGGGAGGUGGUUACACCGAUGAGCCGAUUGGUAAAAUCCUUAAAGAAAUCGGUAUGUCACAAUGCGUCCUCAUGGAUCGUUGGCGUCUGAAGGUUACACCCAAUGAAGAUGUUGAAGAUGAUAAUGUCGAUAAGAGUAAAGACAAUGUACCGCUGAAUGUCAUCAAUAAUUAUUUUUCAUUUGGUGUCGAUGCCCAUAUUGCGUUGGAAUUUCACGAAGCACGCGAGGCUCAUCCGGAACGGUUCAAUUCACGGCUGCGUAAUAAAAUGUAUUACGGACAAAUGGGUGGUAAAGAUUUGAUAUUACGUCAAUAUCGUAACCUAUCACAAUGGGUGACAUUGGAAUGUGAUGGCACGGAUUAUACGCCGAAGCUGAAGGAUGCCGGUUGUCAUGCGGUAUUGUUUUUGAAUAUUCCAAGCUAUGGCGGUGGCACCCAUCCCUGGAAUGAUUCCUUUGGUCAAUCAAAACCGGCCAUUGAUGAUGGCCUCAUCGAAGUUGUUGGCCUGACCACCUAUCAAUUGCCAAUGUUGCAGGCCGGUCUCCAUGGCACCUGCAUCUGCCAGUGUCGUACGGCACGUAUCACCACUCGAAAGACCAUACCGAUGCAAGUGGAUGGGGAGGCGUGUCGGGUGAAACCCUCCAUCAUAGAAAUGGAAUUGUUGAAUAAGGCCGUUAUGUUGGCCAAACGUAAGAGUCGGCAUCCGGCCGAUGUCCAAGUAAAUCCCUUGGAGGUAUUAAAUCUGACCGUUCUACGCAUUACCAUGGAUCAAUAUGAAAAAUACCACUACGAAAAGGAUAUGCUAAGGAAAUUGGCCAAUAAAUUGGGUAAAAUCGAAAUUGAAUCCCAAUGUGAUCUCGAAUAUGUGCGCAAUGUAUUGACCCAACGUUUUGAGGAAUCGAUACAUUAUCCAAAGGUCUCACAGGAUUGGUGUUUUAUUGAUUCCUGUACCGCCGAACAUUAUUUCCGCAUCGACCGGGCCCAGGAGCAUCUCCAUUACAUUUGUGACAUUGCCGUCGAUGAGCUGUACAUUUUGGAUCACGAGGCAGCCACAAUGCCUCAGACCCCCGACCAGGAACGUUCAUUUGCUGCCUAUUCACAGCGUCAGGCACAAAAUGAUCGCCGACAAAUGGAUCAGCAGGGUACAGCAACCGAUGAUGACUUAACCAUUGGAUCGCGACCCAUUAAAGUCAUUAAAUUUAAGAGCCCACAUGAUCGUCUCUUCAGUUUCAAUGAAGAUGUAUUUGGUUAUGGAUUCAGUCCUAUAUUGGAGCAAACUUCCGAUGCCAUACUAUUAGCUGCUCAAAGUGGCGAUUUAUUGAUGUUACGUGCACUACAUGAACAAGGAUACUCAUUACAAUCCGUUAAUCGCAGCGGACAAACUGCUUUACAUUUCGCUUGCAAAUAUAAUCAUAAGGAUAUUCUUAAAUAUAUUGUAUCGUGUGCAUCGCGUCGCCUAAUAAAUAUUAAAGAUCGUGAAAUGGGACAAACAGCCUUGCAUCUAGCAGCCCAACAUGGCCGACGCGAUUUGUGCGUAAUGUUAGUUGCAGCCGGUGCUAAUGUUGAAUUACGGGAUAUGAAUGGCAAUACCGCAAUGAUGGUGGCAUUCAAUAAAAAUCACAAUGAAAUCGCAACAUAUUUGGAAAGUAAGAAGAACAAGAAGAAACAA